CUCUUCUUGGCCUGGGGGUUGGCGGUGAUCUAGGGCUCCGUGGGCACUCGGGAGGAGUAAACUCAGCUCAGACCUUCUCUUAGAGCAAGAUGCUGCCCACAACAUCAUUUAACUCCCGAGAUCAGGGCAAUGGGUCUUUAAACUCUCGGGAGGCAGCAAGGCACACGGCAGGGGCAAAGCGCUAUAAAUACUUACGGAGACUCCUCCACUUUCGGCAUAUGGACUUCGAGUUUGCUUUAUGGCAGAUGCUGUAUCUAUUCACUUCACCUCAGAUGGUGUACCGGAACUUUCAAUACAGGAAACAGACAAAAGACCAAUGGGCAAGAGAUGACCCUGCCUUCCUUGUAUUACUCAGUAUCUGGCUGUGUGUAUCCACUAUAGUAUUUGCCCUUGUGUUGGGCUUGGGAUUUGUUGAAAUGAUUAAGUUGCUGCUUUGGGUCGUUUUUAUAGACUGUAUAGGAGUUGGCCUCCUAAUUGCAACUUUAAUGUGGUUCGUUGCCAAUAAGUACUUGAUAAAACAUCCCGGCAGAGACUAUGAUGUGGAGUGGGGAUAUGCCUUUGAUGUUCACUUAAAUGCCUUCUAUCCACUACUUGUCAUCUUGCAUUUUAUACAACUGUUUUUCAUUCACUAUAUAAUUAUGUUGGAUUCAUUUAUCGGCUGUUUCAUUGGAGAUACCUUUUGGCUGAUUGCAAUUGGUUAUUACAUCUAUGUGACAUUCCUAGGGUACAGUGCAUUGCCGUUCUUGAAAAAUACAGUUAUCCUCCUGUACCCAUUUGCACUUCUUGUCCUGCUGUAUGUGGUCUCAUUAGCAAUGGGAUGGAACGUGACAAGAGCACUUUGCCUAUUCUACAAGUAUAGAGUGCAAAAUUGGACUUAACAAAAGAGUUGGUGUGGCCACUUGUACAAAUGUUAGAAUAGAUGAAUAUGUCCAUGUAUAUUAUUGUAAAUAACUUGUUCUGCACUGUAGAUCAGUUUGUACAAAAUAUUCCAUUUUUAAAGAAGUACAUUUACAGAUGCAGCCUCACUUUUCUUCUUUGUGGAAAGAAGUGUAUAUCUCUGUGUAAUAAAGUUUUUUUUAAUGAUGUG